GCUUAUGUCGAUAGUUCAUAAAGUAUGCCUAACCAUCGCAUAGCCGACACUUUGGACGAUGAAUAGCUCUUGGGUGCUUAUAUCAACUACGGGCAUCGAAAUGUUUCAAGUCGUCGGCGUAUCUUCAUGAAACUAUCUAGACAUAUGCCGCUGUCUCAAAUCUACGAUUAGAUAUUAAAGAUCGGACGUUCCCCCCUGACCUAGUCCAUAGGUAACCAUAUUAUCCGUAUUUUCGCAUUGUUCCGAGGGGCCAUUGAUACACCUCAUUGAAACUCAUCAUGGUUGGAGUAGCUGGUAGGAGUAAGGGUUGCAAUACGUGCCGGAGAAGGAGAGUCAAAUGCGACGAAGCGAAGCCUCAGUGUUAUCGCUGCACCAAGGCCGGUUUUGAGUGUUUAGGCUACGAAAGAGCUACUCAAUGGCGACAUACUUCCGUGAGUGCUCGUCCGGCCUCUCGAUUGCACGGACCCGAGUGUACGGAGCAGAUGCAGAAUAUUCGUAUUGAUUUUGGCCCCGCACCGGAGCUUAGUCUCAUCGCAUUCGAGGGGGAUAUCUGUACGGCUCAGAUGUUUAGGAACUUUGUUUGGAAAUCCUAUGGAUCUCUCUGGCUGGAUCAAGCUGCUGAGGGGAGACUCGGUCGUCUCUCCCUUGAUGCCGUCAAGGCUCUCGCCCGAUUGAAUUUUGGCCUCAGCAAUAGGGUGCCCAAUUUCCAGUUGCAAGGGGAUGCUCAGUAUGGUAAAUGCUUGAGGGUCCUAAUAGAAGAGCUUGGUAAGGAUAGGUCGGGGACUUGCGAUAAUCGGACGCUGGUGGUGCCGAUUCUUGUGUUAAUGAUGGUCUCGGCCAUCCAAGCAGAUCGAGUUGCUGCGGUUUUCCACUUAAGGGCAAUAGGCAAUGUGUUGAUGAUGUGCGGUCCCCGGGCCUUUCAGCAACAACCUUUAAGAAACGCCUUCGAAGCAGCUAGAUCUACCCUAUUAGUCGCCUCCUUGUAUUCAAGACGACGAAUAUUUCUUGAGUCUCCGUGUUGGCGAGACUCUCCUUAUGAACUCGACCCAUUUACGAAACCUGAACAAUCACACCUCCUUGAUAUCUUCGUUAUGAUACCGGGAUUCCUCGAAGAGAUUAACGGCCUCGAUGAUGAGACCUGCGAUCUAAGCGAUGAAUUUGUUGACCCCUCUCUCAUUUCGGACGAGCACACGGAGCAUCUUACGAGCCUAUGUCGACGCAUCGACUCCCAACUGGAGAAACUUUACCGUUGGCGUUGGGAAUGGCAGCGGAAAUACGGCCACCGGGUCACGACAGACAAGUCCGAGUGGUGUCAAGGCAGCCCAUCCCCGAAGUCCGAGAGCUCUUCCAGCAAUCCUACAGGAAUCGGCCGACUGCAAUUCGACCGACCCGUCUACGCUAAUGAUAUUAUGUUAUACAACGCCGCACUGAUGUUCCUUAUGACACUCAUAUGGAGACUUCAACCAUCACGAGCAGCAUCCGUCAUGAGCGCUUGUGCGCAACGUGCUUCUAACCCGUCAAUUUCAUCACCUCGGUCGCCUAAAUCGCCAGCAUCACCUCUUCCGAGCUCCUAUUUCGAGCCUCUCAUUUGGCCCGGCGCAGCUUUAUCUAUACGAGAACCGGCGAUAGAAAUAUGCCGAGUAUUCGAUUGGCAAUGCCGACACCACGAACAACACGCCUUCUUCAAUGAUCAAACCUGCAUGUACCUUUUCCCAAUCGGAAUGGCUCGAACCGUUUUAGCUCACGAUCCAGAAUGUCGGAUGUGGAUAGACGGGAUGCUAGACUUCAAUCCCAUGACCACCGGGUAUGGCAGGGGUGGUGGUAGCAUAGUGGGUUUCAGCUCCUUUAUCACGCAGGCUGCCAUCGACCCCGACUCUUACGACCCAGAGGAUUCCGUAUAAGAGAGAUACCUUGGCAAAUCUACCGGAAGGAAUCCAUCCCUGGUCUUAACAUCGUACGGCAAUCUAUAAUACAGCAUAACCACGCCACGAACCUGCCUCGAUUAUCACAAAAGGAAGAGCUCGGAAAUCGGAAUAUGCAAGGUACCUUUUCAAGACCGACUACCAUUAUAGGGUAUAUAACAAAGACGGGAAAUAUG